AUGAAGAGUGAUUCUUGGAGAAUUAUUGAUGAUUGUCCAAGUAUGGUGCAACUACAACAUUCACUAAACUUCACUGGGCUACUCCUAUUGGAGAAAUUACAGCGGGAUACUACUACUAUUGGUUGUAAACUGUGUACUAAACGAAACAUCAUUUCUAUUGAUUUGGCUGAUGAGAAAUGGGGAGAGAUGGAGCAGCCGUGCUAUGGAGAAGGAGAUAUUAUUUUGAGUUUGGGAGUGUUGGGAAGUGAUCUUUUAGUCUUUUAUAAUUAUAAGGGAACAUAUCUAGAUGUUUGGGUUAUGAAGGAGUAUGGGGUUAAAGAAUCUUGGACAAAGAUGUUUACCAUUAAAUAUUCUGACGAUGGAUUGGGGAAUGAAAAUCUUGGGCAAAGAUGUUUAUACAUGGCAAAUGAGGGCAAAGAAGCUCCUUUUUGUACUAAGUUAUCUAUCUCUGUCAUAUACUCCAGAUAUUUCUUACCUAGUUAUUUAAAUGAUGAACCAGCUACUCUAGAAAAUAAUAGUUUUACUGAUGCAUUCUAG